AUGGCCGAAAACUGCUGCUCCCCCUGUUGCCAGCCAUCUUGCUGCGUGCCCGUGAGCUGCAAGCCCGUGUGCUGCGAGCCUGUGUGCUGCAAACCCGUGUGCUGCAAGCCCGUGUGCUGCACGCCCGUCUGCUGCACGCCCGUCUGCUGCACGCCCGUCUGCUGCGAACCCACUUGCUGCCCCACCCCGUGCUGCCGCCCAGCCUCCCGCGUGGUUCUGCUCUGCCGCCCGGCCUGCGGUGCGCCCUGCGGGGCCGGCUGCGGCUCGGCCUCUUGCUGCCAGCCGGCUUGUGGCCAGGACAGUUGCUGCGGCUCAGUCUGCUGCGGGUCCGGCCCUUGCCAGUCCUCCUGCUGCCAACCAUCUUGCUGCCGGCCCGUGGCGUGCGUGCCCGUCUGCUGUAAGCCCGUGUCGCUCAGUAACCCCCCUGAAACCCCAACCGCCGACACCAUGGCCGACAACUGCUGCUCGCCCUGCUGCCGGCCGUCUGGCUGCGUGCCCGUGUGCUGCGAGCCCGUGUGCUGCGUUCCCGUCUGUUGCGAACCCACGUGCUGCCCCACCCCGUGCUGCCGCCCAGCCUCCCGCGUGGCUCUGCUCUGCCGCCCGGCCUGCGGUGCGCCCUGCGGGGCCGGCUGCGGCUCGGCCUCCUGCUGCCAGCCGGCCUGCGGCCGGGACGGUUGCUGCGGCUCGGUCUGCUGCGGGUCCGGCCCCUGCCAGUCCUCCUGCUGCCGACCGUGUUGCUGCACAACCCUCUCCUGCCGGCCGGUCGCGUGCGUGCCCGUCUGCUGUUUUCCUGCGGGUUUGAGGCACCUGAGACGACGCGAAUGUCAAAAGCAGGACGGCGCGUUCUUCACACGGAGUGGAGCAGCUGGCGGUUUGAGCAGUGGAUACCUCUCAGGCUCCCUUGGCUACGGGAAAAUCCCGAGUGUAUUCAAUGAGUCCCCCGUGCGCUGCGUGCCCGUGUGCUGCGAGCCCGUGUGCUGCAAGCCCGUGUGCUGCACGCCCGUGUGCUGCAAACCAGUGUGCUGCACUCCCGUCUGCUGCACACCCACUUGCUGCCCCACCCCGUGCUGCCGCCCAGCCUCCCGCGUGGCUCUGCUCUGCCGCCCGGCCUGUGGUGCGCCCUGCGGGGCCGGCUGCGGCUCGGCCUCCUGCUGCCAGCCGGCCUGCGGCCGGGACGCCUCCUGCCCUUCUCUCCUCUGCCGACCUGCUUGCCCCAGCCCUGCUUGCUGUUGA